UUUAAGGCCAACCAGCAAUUUCAAGAAGCUUCUGAAUUUACUUAUGCAGACUUUCCAACACAUUGGGUAUAUAAUAAACAACACAAAGAAUGGAAACCACGACAAAAAGGAAAUACUAUAGGGCGAAU